AUGUCCUUCACCUAUAGCCUAUAUUCAGCUGGCCAUAAAUACGAUUGUUCUUUUCAGGCAGGAACGAUUUUGGAGGAAUCCGUGGUGCGCUUGGAAUAUCUGUCUGUUGUUCCUGAGGUGGAUUAUCCUGACGAGCUCCAAAAUAAAUUCCACCACUUUGCGCAUUAUGUUGCCGAGGUUAAUGUCCACGUACCUGCCAGGCGACAAGCGGUCGCCAAAUGUGUAGAUUGGACGGGAACUCAGUUGCUUCCAUGCAACUUUGCCUUUGUCGAGGGAAUGACGGAACAUCAGGUAGAAAUUCUUUGCCGGUAUGAGCAGUAUUACCUUCAGGAUCCUUGGAUAGACCUCACAUGGACCCAACGCGCUGAAAAGAAUUGCUUGGUCCAAGAGUUGAGAAACACGGUCCUACACCGUGCCAUAGGUAUUCGAUUUGUACCCAAUACGACAAACGAGUCACUGGACUGCACGCGCCUUCCUCAUUUUACAUACGAUGGUUUUAACGGCAACUACAGUGCGAAUGACGAAUUCCAACACUUCCUUGCUGAAGAGAAUGGCCGCUAG